UAUAAUGACACAAUAUAUACAUUUCACAUCUCUACUAAUGACACAACUGCUCCGAUCACACUGUUGGGUAUUACUAGCGAAAAAAUAGUAAAUGCAUCUCGAUCCAUACCAGCCGAAGUACCAGCAUUCUCUCAGCCAAAUGAUUCACCAGAAAUGAUUUCAUCAGUCAUGCCUCAAGCGAAUUUAUCAAAGGCGCGAGCCCAAUCUAAACCAACUUAUAUAGAGAAUAUAGUAGUGAAGACUUUGAUUAUUAGGGCAUUACUGAAAAAUAUUAUGCGGUCCUUCUAG